AUGCUUGCCAGCCAUGUAGCUAUCGCGGCCAAACUGGAGCACGACGAUGUCCCCAACCGUUGCUGGGCUGAUUGCGGCCCCGUGGUGGGAAUUUCGGAGAAGUGUGAUAAUCAGUAUGACAAUAACUCUGUUGAGCUGAAUCGUAUCUGUAACUGGAGCCCGGCGAAAACCCAAGUUCCCCUCUGUGCGGCUUGCAUUACCAACUAUAAAAAUGACGGCAACGACCAUGGCAAUGACAACGACAACGACAACGACCAUCACAAUGAUAGUGAUGACAAUGAUGAAGCUCUUGAGAUUGUGCAUUCGUGUAGCUUCAGCGCAACCACAUAUAACGCCGCCAUCGCGACAACUCUGACUACAACUACUGAUACUACAGCGACCGACUCGAGAUCUGGCAUUGCCACGGCUACAAUUAGGCCGAGCUCUACGGGCAGCAGCACCAAUGACUCGACUCGCUCCGACUCAACUGGAUCAGGAGGCUCGGAAUCAUCUACCCCAACCACCGACUCAGCGGCCGGCAUGUCUAUGCCCGAGCUGCUGCUCUUGCAAUUGCGGGUCUGA